AUGAUGCCGGCAAAAUCUGAAAAGGAAGAUAGACGUUUAGACCACAGUGGACCGAGCCCGUUCCAGUCGAACGCUUACUCCCAACCUUGGUGGCGUGAAGUGGGGAACAAUUCUUCUUUAGGUGAAACUGCGUCAAAAUUAUCUUCAGUAGAGAACCUGAAUGGUUCUCUCGCGAAUGCAGCGAUUCAAUCACAAGUUAAUACUGGCUUGCAGAAAGGAGCUAUGCUGAACAAAGACGUGCACACCGAUGUAACAUCACAAUCUGAUGAAAGUAAUGGACAAGAGCACCAUCUCAAACAUGUUCCAUCACCAACAACUGUUACGAUGGCUGGACACCUUGAACCGAAUUCCCAGAUGGAACUUGUUGGCCAUUCAAUUGUUUUGACUUCACAUCCAUACACAGAUUCACAGUAUGGCGGGAUGUUUACUUCUUAUGGACCACAAGCUAUGGUACCUCAAUUAUAUGGAAUCCCUCAUGCCAGAAUGCCUUUGCCCCUUGAAAUGGAAGAGGAGCCUGUUUACGUAAAUGCAAAACAGUUUCAUGGUAUUAUGAGGCGAAGACAAGCACGUGCUAAGGCAGAACUUGAAAAGAAAGCAGUAAAAGUUAGGAAGCCAUAUCUUCACGAGUCUCGACACCAGCAUGCUAUGAGAAGGGCAAGGGGCUGUGGAGGCCGCUUCCUUAAUACAAAGAAGCUUGAUAAUGAUGCUGCCAAUUCUACAUCAGAUAAAGGUAUUAAUUCUGGUGCUAAUAUUUCAAAACAAUCUUCUCGCUUUUCAAUUUCUGAAUGUUUGCCAACAGAAGGUACUGGAGAUUUGGAUUCCUCUGGUAAUCGACAAGAAGGAAAAGGGUCUAUGGUUGAAGGCAUGCAAACACACGCUUCCUCCAAGGGUCAUGGUAAUGGCCAUGGACUCUCUUCAAGAUAUCAUUCAUCAUCAGAUGAUGGCAGCUUCUUGGGUCAGCAGAAGGAAAUCACACAUGGGAAUGGGGUGUCUAAUGGGGCUGUCCCCAUUCAUUAA